GUCCUCGACACCCUCCUCGUGUGCACCCUGGUGAUUUCUUCUACCUGCCGCACUCAGUUCGGUGCUCAUUUGCGGUUUCUUGCAUCCUCUUGGUUGAUUCCCCGUGCCCAGGUUCGCCGAAUUUGUGCAAUGUGAUGAUUGAAGCUAGGUGUGGUUUGCGAGCCUGGUCUAGUGUUGCGGUCUGGGAUUGUUAUGGGAGUCACUUUCUGGUGAGAGAGGUUGGCAUUUGACAGCAUGGCCACGAGUUGUUGGAUGUAAACUUUAGCAGUGCUGCUGUGGGGGAUUUAUUUACGAUGGCUAUGGCGGCAGCGCGUUUGCUCUCUCGUAGGGUUUGUAGAAGUGUUCUCCCCUCUUUCUCAAACUCUGGCAUCUCUCUGGCAUCUUCCCCUGUUGUGUCGCCCACCGAUGAAACGCUGGUGUCGUCAAGAUACCUUUCCAUUUCUCCUGUUGCAAAUAAGGGUUUUCAGUGUGGGAAAGAGGAUGUGAGGCUGCGGAGCCUGACACAGUUGGUGCCAUUUGGUCGGGUUUUCAGCACUGAUGCAACCGAAGGGUUCUCAAGUGAGAAGAUAGAUGAUUUGUCACAGACGAUUGUGGAAGCCCCAAAGGCACCAACUGUGGCUCCACCCAGACCCUUUAAACUGAAUAAUGAGCAGCGGAAACUGGCAGAAGUGAUCGGCUACAAAGUUGUUGAUCGCUACACCGAAGAUAAUUUUGGGAAAAACAAAAAGCCGAAGGCAUUUGCAGUCGUUCAAGUUGGUAGCCAUCAGUUCAAGGUAUCUCCAAAUGAUCUCAUUUACACUGAGAAACUUAAGUACUGUGACAUCAAUGACAAGUUGAUGCUGAAUAAGGUCCUUCUGCUCGGAUCAAAAGACCAGACCAUCGUUGGUCGACCUACUGUACCCGACGCUGCAGUCUUUGCUGUUGUUGAAGAACAUGCGUUGGAUGAGAAGGUGAUCAUUUUCAAGAAAAAGAGACGAAAGAACUAUCGAAGGACUACUGGUCAUCGCCAAGAAUUGACGCGACUUCGAAUUUUGGAGGUCAAAGGCAUCAACCUGGACGAGCCUUUCCCAUCAGUAUCUCAGAAACUUAAAGCCACUCCUUCGAAAAAGGUAAACCACACUAGCGCUGAUACAAAUCUAGGUGGUAUUCCCACACCUGCUUUAGCUUGAAACACAAUGCAGGGACGGUGAAUUGCUGAUCGAGCAAAUCAAUGCAACAACUAUAAUCUGUUUUAGGAAUUGUGACCAUUUUCUGUAUUUUCGUUCUUCAAGUAAUAAUCACCAUGAGGGGACAUGAGUUUCUAGCCCUCGUGUGCUGAUGAUGCAUCUUUCCCAGCUUUUGAGUUGAGGCGAUCAAUUGACUAAUUUUCGUA